CGUGGUGACGUCACUGUUCCCGCCGUUUGUCAGAGUGAAACAAAGAGUUACAUCCGGUUUUAACACCGACGUAUCUGUUAGCCUGCUAGCAUGCUAACUAGCUUCCUGCUGUCAGACACAACAACCUCCAGCUGUGACACAAAAUACACGCAAAAUACACACCUGGACGUCCGAGCAGACAGACGUCACCAGCACGCGCAGUUUAAAUAAAGUUGGUUCAGCUCGGUGAUCAGACUGCGUGUCCAGAUGAUGAAGAGUAAGGCAGAUGAGGAAGACUACUGGAACAGCUCCAAGUUCAAAGCCUUCACCUUCGAUGAUGAAGAUGAUGAGUUCAGCAGGUUAAAAGAGUCGAAGCAGGCGGUGAACAGCAUCCGCCGCCUGGUGGAGGAAGACGAGGAUGAAGACGACGUGGAGAAGGUCAGCUGGAGCGGAGAGCCUGUCGGCAGUAUCUCCUGGUCGGUCAGAGAGACGGCGGCGUCCAAUCAGAGGACAGACAGAGAACCCGCCUUCCCCAAAAUCAACACCGACACGCCGACCCUCAGCAAGAGCAGCUCCGGGUACUCUCUGAGCGCUCUGUUCAAAGGAAAAACGAAAGGAGGAAACUUCUCGUCCUUCACUGACUCGCUCAGCGACUCGUCUGUCAGGCUUUACGCUCCAGAACUCCGAAAACCCAAAUCUGAAUACAAGGAUUAUGUCAGUGAUUGGUCGCCUGAGGAGACGGUCCAGAGAAUGCAGCAGGGAAAGGCUGUGUCUCUGGAGAAGUUUCGGUCUCUUCAGGACAAACUGCUGCUGCUCGAUCACGCCGUCAGCGCGCACGACGGAAACGUCAUCACUGCUGUUUUAAUUUAUUUAAAAAGGACUCUGAGUAAAGAUGUCUUGUUUCGGGAGCUGGAGUCCAGACAGACGGCUCUGAGACAUUUCAUCCACUAUCUGACUGAAACCCGAGACCAGAGGCUGCUGCUGGAGCUGCUCAGGGCUCUGGGCAGGACGGAGGACGUGGCGCUGCUGCAGUAUAAAGAACACCUGAGCAUCGCAGAUGAAAACAAGAGGCGGGACUUCCUAAAGAGCUGCGUCAGUCUUCCGUUUCCUGCAGAAGAUGCAGCUCACGUUCAGGAUCACUUCACUCUGCUGGAGAGGCAGAUCAUCAUCGAGGCAACCGACCGGCAGGCUGAGCGCGGAGGGAAGGUGGAAAUCUUCCACAAGUUUCCCAGAAGAGCUUCGAUCCUCAACAUGCCGCUGGUCACAACGCUGUACUACUGCUGCUUCUACCACGACACCGAGUCCGAGGGAACCUACAGCAGUCCGUUGAACAUCCGUCAGACCUUCAAGAUUUCGGAGAAGCAGUACUUUGUGACGGCGCUGGCGGCGCGGGCGAAACGGAGGGCGUGGUCGGACGUGGACGCUCUGUUCACCAGCAGGAACUGGCUCGGCUUCACCAGGAAGAAAUCGCCGCUCAGCUUCCAACGAGUCGUCGACAUCCUGCAGAAAAACUCCGCCCCCACGCAGGUGCUGCAGGAUUACGUGGCGCUGGUCGAUGAUGCGGAGCUGAGGAUCGGUUUGGCUCAGAAACAUAAAUGUCACGACAUCGUCAUCAGCACGUACCGGGACCUGAAGGACCGUCAGCUGUUGCUAGGAUACCGGGUGAAGGUGGAGAGAGGAUCCGCAGAGGAGAGGAAGAUCGACGAGCUGCUCAACAACACGCAAAUCCGGUGGAAGAACUGAGUCUCCGUCACCGCGACGACAGCCACGUCCAGUCGGCUCACAGCGGUCGCAGAGAGGUGCGCUUGGUUUGACUCCGCCCACAGAGCAGGUGGCGCUCGCCGAGUCAUCACCGAGUCAUCACCGAGUCAUCGCCGAGUCAUCACUUUAACAUUCCUCAAACAAGUUUUUAUAAAAAUAAAUGUAAAAAUAAUAAAAAUAUUAUUUAUGA